AUGGCUGGGUUAGGAGGGAUGAUGCAAGGGUCGUUGCCAAUUUUUUACGGCAAGGUUUUUGAUGAUUGGCACAUUAAGAUGCAAGCCAUUUUCGGCUUCCAAGACGUUGCAGAAAUAGUGAAAGAAGGUGUGGCAGAGUUGAAUUCAAAGGCCACCGAGGAAGAUAGGAAGAACCACAGAGCACAACUGAAGUUGGAUAGUAAGGCAGCCACUGCUAAAGAAGCUUGGGAAAUCUUGGUCAAGACUUAUGGUGAAAGGGAUAAGAACAAGAAGGUAAGGUUGCAAACCCUGUGGCGGCAGUUUGAGUUUCUGACCAUGGAUGAGAAAUGUCGUGGACAAGAUCUUAAGGACUCAGCACCUAGGUUCGAUCACAUGGUUGUUGCUAUUGAGGAAACACGAGCUUUGGAAACUAUGGAGAUUGAGGAGCUGCAACAUUCAUUGGAGUCGCAUGAAUACAUAAUGAAUGAACGACGUAUUUGCCAAGAACAAGUCUUGGAAGCUUGUUCAUCAUACAAAGGAAAGGGAAAAAUGUUCAAGAAGUCAGGCAAGAGUAAUACCCAACAUAAAGAUUCACAAGAACAGAAAAAUGAAGGCGUGACUGAGUUUGGAAGACGCAAAAGUCAAAAGGCUAUGGCUAAUUCUGAUGGAGAAAAGGAGUGGAAAUUUAAUAAGACGAAAGUCAGGUGUUUUAAUUGUCAGAAGUUUGGGCAUUUUGCCAAAGAGUGUUGGAAGGGUGAUGGUGCAAAGAACAAACCCAAGAACCAAGCUCAUCUAACACAGACAGCACGUCUGACUCUGAAGAGGUGA